GCUCACUCCUUCUCUCUACAACAGUACACACCUAUAUCAAGUGCAUGACGUAUAAGAACUAGCAUUACAGCAACACUCAGCCCUCACACAUGUUCAGUCACUGUCGUGAGAGCAGUCAGACAGCAGCUGGAGUUUGACAGUUGAUCAGCCAACAUGUCUCUGAAACUAGGAGGCAACAUUUUAGUGACUGGGAGCAACAGAGGUAUCGGCUUGGAGCUGGUUAAACAGCUGGCAGAGAAGACCGGACAGGACACUCACCUCUAUGCCUGCUGCAGGGAGCCUGAGGGAGCCAGUGCUAAGGAACUGCGAGAGCUCAGCACUCAGCAUGCUGGAAAGAUCACACUGAUCAAGCUAGACACAACAGAUGAGGCCAGUAUCUCUGCUGCUGUCCAAGCUGUGAGUGAGCAGAUUGGGGCUAGUGGGUUGAACAUCCUCAUCAACAAUGCUGCUAUCAAUAAACCAGCUGCACCAGCGCCACUAUCUGUCACUGGGAAGAAGGACAUGAUGGACGUGUAUGAAACCAAUGUGGUUGGACCAUUUCUCCUGGCAAAGGUGUUUCUUCAACUCCUCCAGACGGCAGCAGAGAGUGAAAAGGACAAAGGUGGUGACAUGUCCUGCAGGAGGUCAGCCAUCAUCAACAUCUCCACGCUCAUCUCAUCCAUAGAGAAAUGUCCAGAGACCUUCGCUAGAGCAUCGUUGUACCCUUAUAGAAUAAGCAAGGCAGGACUGAACAUGCUGACUCGCUGUCAGGCAGAGGAUUUCAAAGGACACAACAUACUGGUGACAGCAAUCCAUCCUGGCUGGGUCCGCACUGACAUGGGAGGUGAAAUGGCACCUUUGACCACCCAGGACAGUGUGCUGGGCAUGCUCGGUGUGAUGUCAUCACUCAGCAGCAAAGAUAGUGGGAUGCUUGUGGACUGGAAGGGCAACAGAAUCCCAUGGUAGCAGUCACCAUGACAACCACACAGGGGACCCAAAAUCUGAUGAGUUUUGCAUAAAACCGAAAUAAAGAGAGAACACAGCAACAUCCUUCACAUCAGCUUCUCAUGUGAUAUGUGAUAUAAUACUCAAGAGUGCCUUGGAUUAUUCACACUUGUUUGUAUAUUGUCCGUUACUUGCCUUAUUGAAAACUCUGGCUAUAAAAAUAAGGAAAAACACCUUUAAGUCAUAUUGAAGUGGAUAUCUACUGUAUAUCAAGAGAUUAUUUAAAUCAUAAACACAUUUAUUAACCUGUGGUUUUUUUUCUACUUGAAGAAUGAAACUUGUGUAGGAAAAAUGCACACUUGAUUUAUUGAGCUGAACUGAAGAAUAAAUCUUUGAACAGAAUGUAAAGUGUAGGUUUACUUUUCUUUAUGCUGGAAGGGACAUUUUUUAUUCAGACAGUUCAAACAGUUGUGUAUGUGCACUUCCUCACUGGCUCUCUUUUCUCUUUCAUAUGCUUGAUUCUGCUAAAAGUUUAAUUUAUGAAAUUAUGUGU